CAGUAAGCUGUGAACGAUCGGACGCGCUAGAUCGAAAGUGGCCGCGUCGUAGAGAGCCGACUCGACUCGAUAGGACGUAGAAGAGAGCCGUAGGCAACCAGAACAUAGUGACCCCCGAACCAAACGACGACAACGAAGACGAGUGCAUAGAAUUUGAAGAUCAAUUAGUGCUGGAAUCAUCACAUUAAAAAAACCGUUGGAGUGCUUUGGAAGGUAGUGUCGUGUCGGGAACGGUCCGUGAGGGAAUAAGUCCGGUGCAAAAGUGCCAUCAGCCAAGUCCAGUGCAAAAGUGUCCAACAAAAAAAAAAACAGCGCUGUUCCGAGACAGCCAGCCAGAGUUGAGGGAGUUCAAAUUUCAGCUUAGGACAGCAGCCGCCUAAAGCUGGCUACGAUUUGCUGCUAGGGAGUACCCGGAGAGAGCCCUUGGCCUAGGGCUUCCGCGGGGCGGCCACAACCACCAGUAUGGGGACCCCAGUGAAAUGGUUAAUCACGACCACGCUUCUAAUAUGGUUCGGGCAGCACACAUAUGCGCAAUUUUGGCAAGACUUAACCGGAGGCGUGGGCCUAUUUAAUCGCAACGAACGAGAAUAUGCGCGACCACCAGCACAGCCUUACAUUGACCCUAGCUAUAAUGUGAUAGACACAGUCAGUGGUGCCCAGGGUCCACCGACGAAGAAUUGCACCGGAAGUGGAUGUUGUACGCCUAAAUGUUUCGCCGAGAAGGGAAAUCGCGGUUUUCCUGGUCCUCCGGGCUUGCAAGGCCCCAAAGGUAUGCAAGGGUUUCCCGGUGCAGAAGGUUUACCCGGUAGCAAAGGUGCCAAGGGUGAACCCGGACCAAUGGGACCAGUCGGAUUGAAAGGUGACCGUGGCCGCAUGGGUCUUCCUGGAUAUCCCGGUGUAACUGGAACUAAUGGCUUACCUGGUGCGCCUGGUGCCCCUGGUAUUCCCGGUGUGGACGGAUGCAACGGAACUGAUGGUCUUCCUGGUUUGGCUGGCUUGAAAGGUGAGCCUGGUCCCCGAGGUUAUCCAGGUUUACGGGGUGACAAGGGAGAUAAAGGUGAAGCAGCACGUGAUCCCGAGAACUAUAACAAAGGUCAGAAAGGAGAACCGGGUAAAGAUGGUGCAGAAGGACCACAAGGCGCCCAAGGAGAAAUCGGAGAACGAGGAUAUCCAGGACGCGCUGGCCUACCAGGAAACCCCGGUAUACCAGGCGAAAAAGGCAAUAAAGGUGUUAAGGGUAUCUGCAUAAAAGGACAGAAAGGUGAAAAGGGCAUGAAAGGAGUGGAAAUCAGCGAUUUAUAUACAAAACCUCCAGAAUAUACUGGGCCUCAAGGAGAAAAAGGCGACAAAGGUGAUGCAGGAUUAAACGGCCUUCCUGGAGUAAAGGGCCAAGCCGGAGACAAGGGACAAGCUGGGAUGCUAGGUCUAAAAGGCGAAAAGGGCUUGCCGGGCCAACCUGGUCCGAGAGGUCGUGACGGUAACUUCGGACCAGUCGGUUUGCCUGGCCAAAAAGGUGACCGCGGUACCGAAGGUCUGCAUGGUUUGAAGGGAAUGCCAGGGCCAAAGGGUGAUGCAGGAAAAGAUGGAUCACCAGGAUUGCAAGGAAUUCGUGGUCCUCCAGGUCCUCCGGGUGGCGGUGAAGGUCGGCCUGGUGCGCCCGGUCCCAAAGGUCCACGUGGCUACCCUGGUCCUCCGGGCCCUAAGGGUAUUGACGGAUUCCCAGGAGAACAAGGACCCCGAGGACAAGUCGGUCCAAAGGGUGGACAAGGUAUUCCCGGUCGUCCAGGCUCUGAAGGUUUCCCUGGUGAAAAAGGUGAAAAAGGAGAACCAGGGGCAAUUGGCUUACCAGGUCCACAGGGCACACGUGGAUUCCCAGGUACACCCGGUGCCGAGGGUCUUCGAGGUGAACCUGGUGAACCCGGAGUUGGUAUUCCCGGUCAGAAAGGUAACGCCGGUAUGGCUGGUUUUCCAGGUUUGAAAGGACAGAAGGGAGAACGUGGCUUCAAAGGUUUGAUGGGUGCUCCAGGUGAUGCUAAAGAAGGUCGCCCUGGUCUACCAGGUAGAGCAGGACGUGACGGCGAAAAGGGAGAUGCUGGAAGGCCCGGUUUACCAGGAGGCAAAGGAGAUCGUGGCGAGAAAGGAGAAAUUGGAGGACGCUGCUCAGACUGUCGACCAGGACUGAAGGGUGAGAAAGGUGAACGUGGAUAUGAUGGUACUGCUGGACGUCAUGGAUCUCCGGGUCCAGCUGGUGAACGUGGUUACACCGGUGAAACGGGUAUGGACGGAAUACCUGGAGUAAGGGGUGCACCUGGCACUAAAGGUGAACCUGGACUACCAGGAACUCCAGGAGCCGACGGAGAACGAGGUGAAUCAGCUAUCAUCAAUUUAAGUCUUUUUAAACCCGAGAAAGGAGACAAAGGCUUGCAAGGUGAGCCUGGACUUCCUGGUAUUAAAGGAGAACGAGGAGAUACUGGAAGUUCUGGCCCAAUGGGACCGAGAGGUCCAGCUGGUCCCAAAGGUGACAAAGGACGACCAGGAGAGCCUGGUAUCGAUGGAACACCAGGAGCAGCGGGUCGGGAUGGAAGUCCCGGAAAAUCUGGUGAAUCUAUUAGAGGGGAACCAGGUUUGAAGGGUAAUCCCGGAUACCCAGGAGAAAAAGGUGAUAAAGGUAUUGUCGGUUUUAAGGGUGAACCUGGUAGAUGUGCUAGUAUUCCAAAAAAUCUGGAAGAAGCUAUUAAAGGCCCUCCAGGAUCUCCGGGUGAGAAAGGAUUCAUGGGUCCACAAGGCAUUCGAGGAGACAAAGGAGACAAGGGUGAUCGCGGUUUAACUGGUCUUGGAGGAUCCACCGGUCCCCAAGGUCCACCUGGUCCAGUUGGUCCAAGAGGUUUACCAGGUCCGCGUGGAGAUAAGGGUAGUCCAGGUCCAAUGGGUUUCCCAGGAAAUCCUGGCAAAGACGGUAGUCCAGGAAUUCCUGGCCUACCUGGUCCGAAAGGUACUAAAGGUGACCCAGGUUUAUCAAUGGUUGGUCCACCAGGUCCUAAAGGUAACACAGGUUUGCGUGGUCCCAAGGGAGAUCGUGGCGGUCCUGGGGAUCGUGGAGAUCCUGGUCCACCAGGUAUUGUUGGUUAUCCCGGUGAGAAGGGAGAUGCUGGUAUCGCAGGUAUGGCAGGUCCGACUGGUCCUGUUGGUCCCAAAGGUGAACCAGGACCGAAAGGCCCUGCUGGUCUCCCUGGUGCUCCUGGCCGGCCAGGUAUUGAUGGUGUGAAAGGAUUACCGGGAUUGAAAGGUGAUAUUGGCGCUCCUGGUGUGAUUGGAUGGCCUGGACAGAAAGGUGAUACCGGUCCUCCGGGUAAUGACGGUUCUAAGGGAUUCCAAGGUCGAAAGGGUGUUCAAGGAUUACCAGGUGCUCCUGGAUUAGCUGGUUUACAAGGACCGAAAGGUGAACGUGGCGAUAAAGGUGACAAAGGUGAAUACGGUCUUUCUGGUGCUCCAGGUUUGGUGGGUCCUCCAGGUCCUCCUGGUCCUAAGGGAGAUAAGGGAUUGUUGGGUCCUCCUGGCUUAGACGGAAUUACAGGACUGCCCGGUGAGAAGGGUGAUCGUGGUUAUACUGGCCCACCUGGUCCAGUUGGUGAGCCUGGAUCUUCAUCUGAUAAGGGGCAAAAGGGUGAACCUGGUGCUCCAGGUUUACGCGGUGUUGAUGGGCGCCCUGGGUUGAACGGUGUGCCUGGAGUAAAGGGAGAACCUGGUCUUCCAGGAUACGGUAGGCCUGGAGCUCCUGGAGAGAAAGGUGAUCGUGGUAAUUCAGGAUUCGAUGGUUUAGCCGGUCUUGAUGGACAAAAAGGAGAUGCAGGCGUCACAGGCUUCCCAGGUAUCAAAGGAGAUAAGGGUAGUGCUGGUCUUCCAGGCAUUCCAGGCUCUCCUGGCAUGGAUGGAGUUCCAGGACCUGAAGGUGCUCCUGGUCUCAGAGGAUUGGAUGGUGAAAAGGGCUCUAAGGGAGACGCUGGUCGUAUUGGAGAACGUGGUGAUCGGGGUGAGAAGGGUGAUAUGGGUCCACCUGGACCUCCUGGAUAUAUGGGGCUGAAAGGUGAUCGUGGUAUUCCUGGCGAACGGGGAGCUCCAGCCACUGUACAAGAUGUCAAGGGAGAUAAGGGUGAACCUGGUUUGCCAGGAGCUCCUGGACUCCCAGGCAAAGUUGGAGUCCCUGGCUUGGUUGGUGAAAUGGGAAUGAAGGGAGCGCAGGGUAUUCAAGGACAACCUGGAUUCCCAGGUCCACCAGGAUUGCCAGGUCUGCCAGGUAUGAAGGGUGAUAUUGGACCAACAGGAGAGAAAGGUGAACCAUGCCCAGUAGUUAAAGGGGAAAAGGGUCUUCCAGGACGACCUGGAAAGAAUGGAAGAGAUGGUGGACCUGGUCCUGUAGGAGAGAAAGGUGACAAGGGAUUACCUGGGUUGCCGGGUCCUGAAGGUCCUCCCGGAUUGCCCGGUCCACUUGGACGACAAGGUGAAAAGGGAGAUCGAGGUGACACGGGUAUCGAAGGCCGACCAGGAAAGGAUGGACUGCCUGGACCCCAAGGAAUAAAGGGUGAUCGUGGAUUCCCGGGUGAAAAAGGAAAUCCAGGACCCCCUGGUUUCCCAGGACCACAAGGUGAAAAGGGUGACAGGGGUCGGGAUGGUCGCGAUGGUUUCAAUGGUCCGCAAGGUCCUAAGGGUGACCGAGGUCUACAAGGACCGGAAGGAGCCCCUGGCUUGGUUGGUGUCUUUGGUGAGAAAGGUGAUCGAGGUGCUAGAGGAUUACCGGGGCUGGAUGGUGCGCCAGGUGAGAAAGGACAAAAAGGUGAAACUCCUUUGUUACCUCCACAGCGAAAGGGUCCACCUGGUCCACCAGGUUUCGAUGGUCAAAAGGGUGAAAAGGGUCUACCAGGCCUUCAAGGGCCACCGGGUAUUCCUGGAGCCCCUGGAGCACCUGGUGAAAUGGGUAUGCGUGGACUUGAAGGUGCUCGAGGUCUUCAGGGUAUCCGAGGAGAAAUUGGCAUCGAAGGCCGUCCGGGUCGCGAUGGAUUCCCAGGAACACCCGGAGCUAAGGGAGACCCUGGAGCUCCUUGUUCACCUGCUCCUGAUUAUCUUACUGGAAUUCUGCUUGUUCGGCAUAGCCAGUCUGAGGAAGUUCCACAGUGCGAUGAGGGCCAUGUCAAACUUUGGGAUGGUUACUCUUUGCUGUAUGUUGAUGGAAACGAUUACCCACACAACCAGGACUUGGGUUCCGCUGGUUCAUGUGUUCGUAAGUUCUCAACACUGCCAAUUCUGGCCUGUGGUCAGAAUAAUGUGUGCAACUAUGCCUCGAGAAACGACAGGACAUUCUGGUUGUCUACAUCGGCUCCGAUUCCGAUGAUGCCUGUGGUUGAACAUGAGAUGCGUCCGUACAUUUCACGUUGUACAGUUUGCGAAGUUCCGUCCAACGUGAUUGCGGUUCACAGCCAAUCGCUAGCCAUACCGAAUUGUCCGAGUGGCUGGGAGGGUCUCUGGAUUGGAUACAGUUUCUUAAUGCACACUGCCGUUGGCCAUGGUGGCGGUGGACAGUCUCUAUCAGGACCAGGUUCCUGCUUAGAGGACUUCCGUGCCACUCCCUUCAUCGAGUGUAACGGUGGUAAAGGCCACUGUCACUAUUACGAGACUCAGACAUCGUUCUGGCUCGUUUCGCUCGAGGACCAUCAACAGUUUGAGCGGCCACAACAGCAGACCCUCAAGGCAGGCAACCUGCUCUCCAGAGUAUCUAGGUGUCAAGUGUGUAUACGAGUCUAGUUCUGCCUUCUCUUCCAGCAGAGCACUUCUGCAGAAUGAAGCUCCUAUUUAUGCUACAGAAUGUGCUUUCUUAAGUUAUUUCUCAAAAGAUUUUAGAUCCUGUUAGAGAUUUUGUUGUAAGGAGAAGUAAAACUAGAAUGUAUGUUGUAGAAGAAAAGUCCGAAAACAAACCAAAAAUAUGUAAAAACUGAAAGUAUGUAAGUAAACGAGUUUAAAUUCCUGUAGCCUUUAUAGAGAAGAUAUGCAGUCGUCCUAAGAAAAAUGCGAAGAAUGGAAACUGUGCUUAUUUUUCAGUAGUUAAUUUGAUUUAAAAAACCGCAAUGCUGCCCAACUUUCGGACAAAAAAUGUAACUAAAGUAACAUCGCCAGUCUUCCUUUGAAACCUCCCAGCAACGAAUUUAGCUAGCCAGUAACGAAAGAGUAUAUGUUUAAUUUAACCAGUGCGACUAUUGAUGUGAUUCAUUUCAAGUAAAUGUUUAACCGUUUUCAGUACUGCCCCUUAAAUGCCAUUUCGAUUCAGACUCGGUAAGAGUAUAGCUGUUCACCACUUUUGUGUAAGAGAAUUGAUGUGUUCAUGAGGAAGGGAAUCUAAAUUUUCAAAGAGGGACAACUAAAUUUUCAACUAGGAUUAACAACUACGAUUAAUAUACAAAUUGCAGUGCCAUCAGUGAAAGUCACCUGAACGCCUUGAUAGGUGAGAAAACAAAUGUACCCAAAUCUAUGAUUGCCAACUGUUCCGAAAUAACACAUUGUAAUCAGGAAAAAAAUAAAACGUCUUAUGCCAGCAUUUUGUGAACUGUACAUUUCCGCUACUUUAAUGUAAGUGUUUAAUCAAGUAGCUUUUACAUACUUUUAGCGUUUUCAUUCAGUGUACCAGACCCCGAAAUAGUCAGAAUAAAGUUCUUACAAAAAUUA